CUUGCUUUUACUGGGUUUUGAAGUGUUUGGCUGUUGCUUCCAGAGAGCGACACCGUUUGGGCCCCCGGAGAAGCAUUGGCUGGCUGGCACCCUUUGCAUGCCUGCCCUUUGGUUGGACCUUCGGUUAUGUGUUUGACAUAAAAAAGUGUGAUUCUGUUUUUUUUAUAUGACUUUUUGGCAUUCCUUUCUUGAUUCUCAGACUUUUCUUUCUUGUGCUUCUUUCUUCCUUUCUCUUUUAGAAAUUGAAAAGCGAAGAACCAAAACUUGUCUCUUCAACUUAUUCUUCUUCUUCUGUUCCUUUCCUUGCUUGCAACAACAAUGAUCAACCUUUUCAAUCCUGUUAUGGGAAUUGAACUUCAAUUUGGCAGAGACUUUGUUACGAGAGAGAAAGGCUUUGAAUUUGAGACUGAGUUAUGAUUCUCUUUGAUCAUAGUUGCACGAGUACAUGGACAUGGGCCUCUGCACUGUCAGAUCCAAAGAACAGAUCUUUCUAUUGCAGUCUCUUCAUUGUAGCUUCAUUGAUCUGUGGUGCUUACUUCAUUGGUGGUGCAUCCAUUGCUAAGGAGUAUAAGGAGAGAUUAACAAGAUGGAAAGGGAUCUACACUAGGCAGAACACAAAGUUUGAUACAUGCAAGAACCGUUGCCAGCCUUUGGGGAGUGAGGCACUACCAGAAGGAAUUGUUGCCCAAACAUCGGACUUGGAAGUGCGGCCUUUAUGGGGCUCCUCUGUGAAUAAUGAAAACUCAAAACCUUCUAUGAGCUUGCUGGCAAUUGCAGUUGGAAUAAACCAGAAAGAAAUAGUUGACAGAAUUGUUAAAAAGUUUCUAUCAAGUGAUUUUGUUGUAAUGCUUUUUCAUUAUGAUGGUGCUGUGGAUAAAUGGAGAGAUUUAAAUUGGAGUGAUCGUGCCAUACACGUGUCUGUGAUGAAUCAAACAAAAUGGUGGUUCGCCAAGCGUUUCUUGCAUCCAGAUAUAGUUUCCGAGUAUGAAUAUAUUUUUCUUUGGGAUGAGGACCUUGGAGUUGAGAAUUUUGACCCGAAACGAUAUCUAUCCAUUGUUCGGGAAGAGGGACUUGAAAUAUCACAGCCAGCACUUGAUCCUGACAAGUCAGAUGUGUAUCAUCCAAUUACUGCACGUGUGAAGAAAUUAAAAGUGCACAGGUUUUAUAAGUUUAAAGGCAGUGGAAGGUGUGACGACCACAGCUCUGCUCCUCCGUGUGCAGGUUGGGUGGAAAUGAUGGCACCUGUAUUUUCAAGAGCUGCUUGGCAAUGUGUAUGGUACAUGAUCCAGAAUGACUUGAUCCAUGCAUGGGGCCUGGACGUGCAGCUUGGUUAUUGUGCACAAGGAGAUCGCACAAAAAAUGUUGGUGUGGUUGACUCUGAAUAUAUAGUUCAUCUUGGUCUUCCUACACUUGGUGUCUCAGAUGGAAAUAAGGUGACUAAUGCUCCAGCUCCUCCUCAGAAAGGGGACCCCGAAGCAUUGGCACCAUCUGCCUCUGAUAAAGUCAAUGACAGAGCUAAAGUUAGGAUGCAGUCCUUUAUUGAUAUGCAGAUCUUUAAGGAAAGAUGGAGUAAUGCAGUAAAGGAGGAUAAAUGUUGGGUUGACCCAUUUCAACUAUCAGCAAACUGAAGUAUCCAUAAAGUCUAUUUACAGGACACCCAUCACGCAAAAUGCAUGGUUGGUGGCCCUUCUUAUACACAGACAACAGAAAUCAGACUCACACCACUGUGCAUACAAUUACUGCGUGAGACAAUAUAUCGCAAACGACAUAUAGAAUUUUCUGGUGAUGCAGAUUCAUUUCAAACAGCUGACGACAGCUAUUUGAAGACUGACAUGGAAGUUGUGAUAUGAAAUUCACUCACCAAUUUUGUUGAAUAGCUGGUGCCUGGUGACACAACGUAUUGUUGUAUUCCGGGCAGGAACGGUCUGUCCAGCUUAUUUUGUUGUGAUUGUAUCAUCAAUUCGUUGUAAAUCGCAUCAUAUAAAGGCUCUUUUGUUGAUAAAGGUUGUACAUUUCUGUUCUCUUUAGGGAAUUCAGUGUUUGUUUAGAUGCAAUUGUGUGUAAAGCUUGCAGUUUAUUAAAGCGAACAGAUAAGCGGAAAGAAUCCUCUAGCCGGCUCUUUGGCAAUUGAUGGGUAAGUGAAGCAUUAGCUUAAUUGUGAAGGGAGAA